AAUCAGAUCAGAUGUCAAUUGUCAAUGAAUGAAUGAAAGAGUGUCAAAAUAUUAAAAAUAACCAAACAAACGAAGCGAAAUAAAAACAAAUUGCGCAGAAGGAAGAAUAAUUAGUAUUUGCUAGAAUAUUGCAUUGUUAUAAGUAAAAACUAGUGAGUACUUAUUAAGAUGUUGUCUGUGAUUCGACGGGCGACUUUACGAACAUCAACUCCCGCAUUGAGUGUGGUGCGUGGGAAGGCAGCUUAUGAAGGUGAAGGCAAGACGACUGUGCGUGUCAUCAACCAGGAGUAUGAUGCUGGACUCAUGAUCGACUCUUAUGCCACGUAUGGCUUCAAGCUGAAUAAUGGCCUUACAGUGCUGGGACCUAUGGCUAUAUUCCCCAGGACGGUAAUGUCGUGGCAAGUGUCGGAAGCGGAGGAGGUGACGGAGCAGUCGCUCAAGCUCUUCAAACUGCUGGAGCCUCGCAUUGACUUGCUGGUGGUAGGUUUAGAUACAAACGAGAGGCCUCUGCAAGACGCUGUGCUGCGGCUGGCGCGAUCGCUGGGGCUCAACGCUGAGGUGCUGCCCACUGAGCAUGCCUGUUCUACCUUCAACUUCCUCAAUUCUGAGGGCAGGUCGGUAGCUGCAGCCCUGAUACCACCUUCGAACAUAGCUCGUAUCUCCGAAGACGAUAUGCUACACACCAAGCUACACUACCACGACGUUUUUAACAAGCCCCUCCUGUAACUGCACUACCCACUACUUGGGCCUACCCACUACUUGGGCCUACCCACAACUCGGGCCUAACCACAACUUGGGCCCUCCCAUAACUUGGGCCUACCUACAACUUGGCCCACCUACAGCUUGGGCCCACCUGCAACUUGGGCCUAUCCACAACGCGGGCCUUCCCACAACUUGGGCCCAGGGCCUUCCCACAACUUGGGCCCAGGGCCUACUCACAACUUGGGCCCACUCGCCUCGGGAUAGGGACAGCGACGACACUCAGGCCUGCUUUUACUGGUAACUGAAAAAGUGUCAGCUAUCUGAUAGAUAGUGGAUAAGUUCCUGAUAGGCUAUCAGAGACUUUAUCAGUAACCAAUGAAAAGGGUAGCUUGUUAUAAGUUAGACAAUUUUGUAAAUAUUAGCCAAUAGUUGUUGUUAUAUUAUGAAGAAUAAAUUAUUAUUUUUAUUAUGGCA